AUGAACCUACUUCAAGGGAAGAGCAACCAAUACCUUCGCGAUGCCAUCUUGGAAGGUAGCGUGGAAAAAGCGCGGCGCUACCUAACUCUCAAGAUUGGCAAAGCGGAUGUGGCUGCACUCACCGAGAGCGGAGGCUUUACCAUGUUGCAUUGUGCCUGCCUCGUAGGGAAUACUCAGAUUGCCAUGAUGCUGUUGCAGUACGGGGCUGAUGUGCUCGCCCUCACAGAUGACGGCUACUCGGCGCUAGAUCUGGCCAUCUGGAAAGGCCACUUACAGAUAAUAGAGCUGCUGCGGUCUCAGGGCUGCGUAGCGCCUAUGAAAGAACCUGAUAGUCUCAACGGUAAAGUCAUUUCCCACCUGGGUCGUAAGGCCACUGUCGUCUUCUUUGAACCAAGCACUAGCAUACGGACGAGCAGCCUACGCGGUCUCUAUUAUGAAGAUAAAGGAGAGGCUAAGCUCGUAAACCUUUGGGCUGGGUUGGAUUAUAAAAUUGUCGGCUCAAAUCCAUAUUUCGAAGAGCUGCGCAAGCUUGAUUAUCAGUACGCAGAGAUCCCAGUAACGCUACCAGAGGAGUACGAUGCAAUGCUACAGGGAGCGUUGCAAGGAGCAGCCUUCUUUGACAAUGACAGUGACAGCGAAAGUGAAAACGAGAUCGAAGAAGUUAUCGAGGUCAGAGUACCUCCUGGUCCUUUAGGUGUUCUGCUUGAUAGCGGGAUCCAAGAGUGCGCGGUUGUUCAUGGGUUUACCAAUCUCGGGACUGGUGAGAAAGGACCAAUUGAGCUACAUGGCGACGUGUACCCCGGCAUGUACAUCAUGAGCAUUAACGAAGCCAAUGCAUCGCUUAUGUCACUGCAGCAGGUCACUCAGCUGCUGGGUAAAUUGGCUCGCAAAGAGAAGCUUAUUCGCUUUGCCGUCUUUCGUCCGGGAUCUCCUCGUAAUCGUAGCGUGAAAGACACAUCCUCCCAAUUUUCAGAUCAGCGCUCGUCGAUCACUUCCAAUGUGUCUUUGCCACCACCCGUACCAGCACCUGCCAAGCCGCCAACACCAAAUUCCACUCGCGCCAGCUUUAGCUCCCGUUUCGCCAAUCUAGCAGCUUCUGUUAUGGAUAAAAGAUCGUCUACUUCUCGAACCAGCUUUACUUCUUCUGCAGGCGCAAAGACGCCAUGA